AUACACACACACACACAUGUAUAUGUACAUAUAAUAUAUAUACACACACACACAAAACGAGUAUAUAUAUAUAUACAUGCUACAACUAUAAGGUGACAGUUCUCGACCAUCCGCACCCCAUCAGUCCAUCCAAACCACACCCAUGGCUCUAGCUCGACCCCCGGGCAAAGAAUUUGAUCACAACUGGCCGGAGAGUGCCGAAUGUUUGACCCUAGACUUCGGCCCCUUUGAGUCAGUCCAUUGCUGGAAACAGAUGCCAGAAUGCGCCGUGUUUGUCGGAGCAAGACGGAGCAAACAUACAGUUGUGGCUUUCAAUGAAGCUAUUUAUGUCUUUGGUGGAGACAACGGGAAAACCAUGCUGAAUGAUCUCCUCAGGUUUGAUGUAAAGGAUAAGUCUUGGGGACGGGCCUUUACGACAGGAACACCUCCGCUCCAGCGCUAUCAUCACUCCACUGUUGUUUAUGACCAAAGCAUGUUUGUCUUCGGUGGUUAUACAGGGGACAUCCAUUCUAAUUCCAACUUGACUAACAAAAAUGACCUCUUUGAGUACAAAUUCACCACUGGACAAUGGCUCAAAUGGAAAUUCGAAGGACAGAUGCCAGUGGCAAGAGCCGCGCACGGUGCCGCCGUCUAUGACCAGAAGCUCUGGAUCUUUGCUGGUUACGACGGUAAUGCCAGGCUAAAUGAUAUGUGGACUAUUUCUCUAGAAGGGGACUGUAAGCAAUGGCUUCAGGUCAACCAAACUGGGAACAUCCCCCCAACCUGCUGCAACUUUGCCCUAGCUGUGGCCCGGGACUCUAUGUUUGUCUUCUCAGGACAAAGUGGAGCCAAAAUCACCAACAAUCUCUUCCAGUUUAGAUUUGAUCAGAACCAGUGGACGAUUAUCUCAACAGAACACAUCCUCCGGGGAGCACCCCCUCCACCCGAGAAGCGGUAUGGCCACACCAUGGUUGCUUAUGAUCGUCACCUUUACGUCUUUGGUGGCGCCACUGGACAAACACUACCGAAUGACCUUCAUUGUUUUGAUUUGGAUUCCCAAACCUGGUCAGUGAUAGAACCUUCCAGAGAUAGUCAGGUACCGACUGGACGCUUGUUUCAUGCUGCUGCUGUUGUUGCAGAUGCGAUGUAUAUAUUUGGCGGCACCGUGGACAAUAAUGUCCGCAGUGGAGAGAUAUACAGAUUCCAGUUCUCCAGUUACCCAAAGUGUACCCUUCAUGAAGAUUAUGAACGUCUGCUGGAAAGUCAUCAGUUCUGUGAUGUUUCCUUCAUCGUGGGAUCGGAAAAGGUAGAGAUUCCUGCUCAUAUAGCUCUGGUGGCCGCCCGUUCUCCCCUGUUGAAAACAAAGAUUAAAAGGGCCCGGACCCAAUUGAUGCAGGAGAUAACGGCUGUUGAUGCUGCCAAAUACCAAACAGACGACACCCAGCAACAGUUGCCCCUCUGCAGUAAAGAAAUGGCUGGGAAACUCAAGGUUUCCGUCCCUGAUGCUAACCCAAAAGCCUUUGAGAUGGUUCUGUCCUACAUCUACACUGACCGCAUCCACCCGACGCAGAAAGGUCAAGAGCCAACGAGCAAUGAAGUAAUUCUGUUGAUGAUGGAUGUUUACCGGCUUUCUGUACAGUUCAACAUGACCAGACUGGAGCAACUAUGUAUCCACUACCUGGAAGCGUGUAUCGGGCAUAAGAAUGUUCUGGUAGCUUUACAGAAUUCUGCAGCACUGAAACUGGACUUCAUCAAGGAAUAUUGUUUGAAGUUUAUUGUCAAAGAGAGCAACUACAGCCAGAUCAUAAUGAGCAAGGAAUUUGAGACCCUCGACCAGCCCCUUAUGGUUGAGAUCAUUCGACGGAAACAACAACCCCAGUUCAGGACCCUGCCUGAUCCUCAAACUGACCCCAACAAUUCAAACACCCUAGAGAAAGACAUGGAGAACUUCCUCAAAGUGGUCGGCAUGGAAUUCUGUGAUAUAAUUCUGAUCCUGGAUGGAAUCUUAAUCCCAGCCCACAAGUCCAUAUUGGCAGCGAGGAGCAGCUACUUCGAGGCAAUGUUCCGUUCAUUUAUGCCUGAAGACAACACCGUCAAGAUUGCUAUUGGAGAAAUGGUUCCCUCAUUGCAGGCUUUCCGCAGUCUGAUGCGCUACAUUUACUAUGGCGAUGUCACCAUGCCCCCAGAAGAUUCCCUCUAUCUAUUUUCUGCCCCGUAUUUUUAUGGUUUCACUAAUAACAGACUGCAGGCAUUCUGCAAACAUAACCUGGAAAUGAAUGUGUCGUUUAAAAAUGUCGUUCAGAUCCUGGAGGCUGCUGAUAAGAUCCAGGCCUCAGAUAUGAAGAAACAUGCCCUCAACAUAAUCGUACACAAUUUCCCAAAUGUGGCUCGCUUACCACAGAUACGGAAUCUAAAACGAGAACUGCUCUUGGACAUCAUCGAUGCCGUUGGUAAUGACAUGAACGAAAGCCGACACUGUCAAGACUUGUCGAAUUCAUGACCCUUGACCUCCCUGUCUCUUCUAACGUUUCCUCUUAUAAAAUGACCGAUUCCUUUGGCAUUACAAUUUGGUACCCGAAUCCGAAAGAAACCUCAUGCUCUCUGCUUUAAACUACAAUCACAGCUGGAC